CUCUGGAACCCUAAAAUUACACUCAAAAGGUUCGAUCUUCUUCUCUACAAACCUAGAACACUAUGCAACGUGGUACCAUGGUCAAUCAGCUGUCCCCCGACUAUAAGUCAGAGUUCAAGGAGGCGUUCAGCCUUUUCGACAAGGACGGCGAUGGCUCCAUCACUACCGAAGAGCUCGGCACUGUGAUGCGCUCACUUGGGCAGAACCCGACCGAAGAAGAGCUUCAAGAUAUGAUCAACGAGGUUGAUGUUGAUGGAAGCGGUACCAUUGAAUGCCAAGAGUUCCUUGACCUGAUGGCCAAAAAGAUGAAGGGCACUGAUUUCGAUGAGCAGCUCAAGGAAGCGUUUCGGGUGUUUGAUAAGGACCAGAAUGGCUUCAUUUCUGCCGCCGAGCUCCGUCAUGUCCUGACGAAUCUCGGCGAGAAGCUGACAGAUGAGGAGCUUGGUGAGAUGGUUAGGGAGGCUGAUUUGGAUAGAGAUGGACAAAUCAACUAUGAGGAGUUUGUCAAAGUUAUGGUGGCCAAGAGAGGACGAAGCCCGAGCAACGGGCACAGUAACAUGAAUUCUUCUUCAGAGGAACACAAGACUAAGAACGGCCAGGUUGCUGGAUUUGUGAUUCCAUUAGUUGCUGGGUUUGCAAUUCCAUUGGUGAUGGGUUGA